GUAUGAUUGAGAAUGAUAGUGAGAGCAGCUAAGCAGCAUAUAUUUUUUCCUACGAUAUAUAGGCAUAUAGCCCAUGUGUUUGUGGUGAAAGUACAGUUUAGAAUUUGUUUACAUAGUUGCAAUAAUAAGAUGGAUGGAGAAAGAGAAUCUCCUUUUCUUGUCCCCUAAAAGUCACAAAAUCAUAUUCUGAUCCUUCCCCACCCACCCUUGAUAAGUUUUUGUUCUCUAAGAAAAGCAUUAGAUGUGACUAUACAGUAUAUAGUUGUAAUAAAUUAUGACAUAGAAAAAGGACAGAUUAUGGAACUCUCCAUAAAUAGAACUACUUUGCCAAGAUCACUUGGGAUAACAGAAGUUAUUUGGCUUGGUCUAGUGGUUUGGAACUUUGUUAAGAUAGUUUAAUAUGUUAUAAUUUCAAUUAUUUUCGCUUUUUUGUGGUAUUAACUAAAUUGUCACAGUUGACAUUAAGACGGUGACAGUACUAUCAUAUAUAGUAUGUUCGUUAGAAUAGAAGUUGGACAUUUAUUGCCGCACAACUUUUAAGCAUACUAUUACACAACAAUAUGUUUCAAGGCAUGCAGGUGUAUACCUUAAACCUCGCAGCUCCAAUACUCCAAAAAAUUCUAAAGACGGAUGUGGAAUCUGUAUGAUCUUUUAGGAAGGAAGAAAAGGAGAAUCUGUUAGCAACAGACACACUUGUUUAAUAUUACUCUGCUGGAAGUUAUUGGUAUAUAAAAGAAAGCAUAUUGUAGGCAAAACAGUAGGUGUGUUGUCAGUUUAUUCUAAUGGGUAUAAUAGGAUAUAUAUCCGAAAAGUAAAUAAACCCGAAUGAAGAAAGGUGGAAGAAUCGGAGGUCCUAUCAUGAUAUUGUUUCGUGAAAGGAAUGAAAGCGCUGACUAAUUGGGAUGAACCAUCAUUUGCUGGUUGCCCUUUUUCUCUAAUUCCCUUGUUGCUUGCUGUAUAAUGGAUCAGUGGUUUAAUGUCAAAUGCCACUUAUAUUAGCAUCAUCUGUCCAUUUCAAUAGCUACUACUGGUCACCCAAUUCUUUUAGCUUAUUUACCAUGAUAGCAUCAUGUAAACAUUUUUAAUUUCUUGAUUUAUACAUAUUUGUAAUCCACAUUUGGUACUAUCCCUAAUUUCUUAUACUUUUAGAUUGGAACACACUAGGCGAAUUCCACAUUUCCCGUGGACUAUAGCUCUUUUGAACCCCACCCUCUACAUAACAGAUCCUGAGAGAAUUAUUUUAGUUAAACAUGUUCUUGUGGAAGUAGUACCAAUAUGGGUAACCCCGGGGAGUGAUCAUGUCACCCACGAAUAAAGUUGUGUACAUGUGCGCAAAACAAACAAUAUUGUGGUCAUGGUAGACGGGACAUUACAUAUGUAACAGUUGUUUUUGAUUAUGUUUGUGGUUGCUGUUCGGUGUAGAUGUUUGUAGCAUUCGUCAAUCGUCUCAUACUUGCUGAAACGCCAAGAACUUAAUCACACGGCUAUGCUACAUGCUUUGUUACUAUAUGAACUAUGGGCGGGUCAGUGAUGGAUAGAAAUCAAAUGCAUAGGCAGGUUGCUAACAUUCGCAAAUCCCUUUUCGACCAGGGAUAUUUGGAUGAACAAUUCAUAUUGUUGGAGGAGUUGCAAGACAGUUCUAAUCCCAGUUUCGUAGAGGAAGUUGUCACCUUGUACUAUCGUGAUUCUGCCCGUUUUCUCUACAAUCUGGAUCAGGCCUUAGAAAAAAGGCCUCUAGACUUCAGCAAAUUAGAUAGUUUGAUGCAUCAGUUUAAAGGUAGUAGCACUAGCAUUGGAGCCAAGAAGGUGAAAGUUGAAUGCUCCCACUUCAAGGAUUAUUGCAAUGCUCGAAAUGCUGAAGGGUGCAAGAGGACAUUCCAACAUGUCAAGAAGGAGUAUACAACUCUCAAAAAGAAGCUUGAAGCUUAUUUCCAGAUGUCAAGACAAGUUGGGCCUGUUCACACCGCAUGUCGGCCCAGGUAGAGAGUUCGGAUACAAAUGGGCCUGAGUUGGCUUUAUAACUAGAUUUAUGUUUAAGUUAGACCUCAUUGUAAUUUAGUGAUGUUGUCAUAAAACGAGGUCUCUUGCAUGAAAUGAGAGAUAAUCAAGUGGUGUUGUAUUUGUACUUGGUUUUUGCUUC